GGGGACCACUAAGGUCUAUAUAAAAGCAUCCAAAGAACACCAUGUCAUGGGACCUUUAAUGAUAUUAAAAUACUCAUAGACAUACAGUAUAUAUCCAUACUAAUGUCAAAGAAUCUAUUUCCAAUGUGACGUUCAGUGGAAAGAAACCUCUUAGUUGGUGGUUGUUUCAGCUAAAAAAUGCCACAAAAUUAGAGCUACAUCAUCAUCAUGUAUCAGUCAAUUUCUUUCAACAAGUACAAGUAUGUUUACAGUACGUAAAGUGAUUGGGAAUGGGAACGUGCACCACUGAGACAAGAAUCAGACAAAAGAUCUGCACACUGUAUUAAAAGUUCCCAGCAAUAUUAAGUGUGUAAUGGUUUGAGCAGAGAGAGAGAGAGAGAGAGAGAGAGAGAGAGAGAGAGACAGAGAUAUUGGUCAGCAUUGUCAAAUCACCACCACAAAGCAGAACGAGCAAAAUAUCAAGUGAUUGUGAUCUGCACGAUUGUGAUCAAUCCAUUUGAUCCAUCAAUCCAUUUGAUACUCCCACAAAGGAGACAGGGCAUGCUUCUGUGAAAAGGAACUAGAAACAUCCAGAUCAAUAUUAUACAGGCAUAUAUUAAAUACGACACAUAGGUUGAAUCAAAUUUGUAUCAUAAAUCACAUAAAUCGUCCAGAAAAAAAACAAAAAAGUGGAAAUCCAGUGGAAGUACAAAUAGUAAACUAAUAUGAGGCUAUUUUUAAGCUCACCCAACAUCACCCCACCUACCUCUAAUGGUAACGAGCCCUGCACAUGUGAGACUUCUGGGUGUUUUUCCACCACACAUUAAAUGUAUUUACCUGGCAAAUGUCUCAUAAAACUACUAUAAGAAGUAAGGUUUGUGAUUUGUGUGAAGUGAGCCUUUAAACACAUCCUAAACUUCUCACAUAUAACACAAGUCACGUUGAGAACUAAGAAACGGCCAUAUUGAGACAUCUGUUACUCUCUGUUACAUUUCUGUCCAUACAAGCUGUAACUGUUGUCUGUCUUGUUUUUCUUAUAAUACACACGUUGUACUGUACAUCUUCACUCAUACACUGUUCUUUAUUGUACUGUGUUUUCUUUUCCAUAAGUCAUGAGCUAAUAAAACACCCACAAACCACCUCAUGUUUAUGUUUGUCUUGAGUUGUCAUUCAUUUACUGUUUUCAUGCAGUUUGAUUGUCAUGUAGCCCCAAAAAUAGUUAGUUGGAGCCUAGUAUGUAUUACUAAGUUUGAAAUACUCUGUCUAUUUGGGGUGGACAUGUUCUGAACAUCAUGGUGUUUAAGUAAGUAUAACAUUUUCAAUGAAGCGUCUGCUGAAAGGUUUUCAAAAUGCAUUUAUUUUUCUUUCUGACUUGUGUCUGUUGCCCUUUGACCUCACAGCUGUGCCGCUUCACCACUCCCGUCCCCCACCUCGCCGUCUACUCUGGCAUCACUGACUUCCCGUCUGCCAAUGCCUCGCCCUCUCUCCCCUUCCUGGCCCACUCCCCAGCUUGUCCGUCCCCCAUCAGCGUGGCCUUGGACAGCACCUCGGCCUCUGAGCGGCGAGUGGAGGCCGGUGAAGGGGAAGGCGAGGGGAACCCUGCGGCUCAGGCCCCGGCAGGUGGAAAUGUGUCCAAGUCUCGCAUGGCUCUGUCCCUGCAACGUCUGCUGAAGCGUGGCUGCACCCCCGCCACCCUGUUCGCCAGCUUGUCGCCCAAAUGCCACUCAGCUGCCGGGACAAGUAGCCGCAUUCAGCCAAUUAGCCCGGAUCAACCUAGCCAGGCUCCGCCAAGACGGAUUGGCAAUUUUUUCCAGAUUAAAGUGGAUAUUCCUCCAGAGUGCCGUAUCUACCCCAUAGAGUCUGAGGACGAGGACGAGGAGAACAGGGCUGCCUCUCGGGGAGGAGUGGGAGCCAAAGAGAUCAUCUGCCCCUGGGAGAGCCUCACUCCACAGAACGGGACGGGCUAAUCGGCUGCAUUUACACAGGUAUAAAAAAAAGGGGGGGGUUUUAAAUCUGUGUCGGUCUGAGCAGGCACAUUUUUCCCAUGUUCUGACAGAGAUAAAAGAUCUCACGUAGAGCAUAAAAGGCGGAAAAUCCCGGUGUAAAUGUGGCCGCAUUCUCACCACUAGGCCACAACAUAAAUACCAAACAACAUGACUCAACGGUCAAUCUGGGACACUGUAGAGAUGGCUGUUUAGACUGAGUACUUACUGUGUCCAUGUUUUAACUCCUUAAAGGAAACCUGCUGUAUGUUUAGAGCGUCAAACACACACUGCCUGUAGGUCUGAAAGGGCCCACUUUUACGUCUGCUGCAGUAUUAUCCUCUUUUCCACUGUCCACGCUCAGUAUUUUUUUAAACUGUUUGAGUCCCAAUUCCUCAAGUGCAACUCUUCUCCUCGAAGAAAUGUUUGGCAAGCCACCAAAAAAGGCUGUAAAGGUUUUUGGAGUAUUGAAUAUUCAAGACCAAUCAAUAAACCAAUGAAUAUUGUUUAUUCAUUUAACUUUUCGAUGAUAUUUUCUUUAAAUUGUGUUCCAGCUGAUUGGCUGUUUCAAAGCCUUCUUUACACAGCCAGGAUUAUAAUUCUAAACCCGCUGUUAGUAAUUUGUAUGUAAUUUAUAUACAGAGGAAAUUAUCUUGGUGUCUUUGGCACAGCAACAGAAGUUGUAUUCAACCAUAUUUUGGCACAUUUGGUGUUUGGAACAAACCUGCAUCUUACAAGCCAACAGGCAUCAGUGUAUUCCUUUAACUUUUGAAAGGAAUACGCUGAACUGAACUUAUUGACACAAGCCCUUAUUGAAGUGAGCACCAGCUGGGCCAGCUGUUUAGGUUGGAUGGCAGCUCAACUAGAGGACAACAGGGUGCACGAACAUCCAAGCCCUUUGGGAAACUGAGCUGUAGCUUUCACAUUCAAACCUCAUUCUGUAUUCAUUAACAAACAGUAGCCCGACAGCAGCCUUAUCCACCUUCACACACCUGAAAUAUUUCGUGUUUUUUGGCCUCAGAAGUGUCUACAAAGCAGGCAUGUACACAGACAUUCAGGGCCACAAGAUAACAAAAACUACAAAUGAAAAGAAAUGCAUUAUUUUUGUGAUUGCCAAGGAGCUGAAAUAAAAGUUAGUAUACAAAAAAUGCAUGUUUACAUCCUAGAGAGUGAUGAGCCAAAGCAGACAGACAUAUUUGGACUCUGCCUGUGCACAUGUCUGCUAAAAAUAUAGAUAACGUAUUGAUAUAUUUAUUGAAUAAUGAUCAGUUUUCUGAAGUAGAGAAGUGUUCUUGUGCUGCUCAAUAGACUUACUGUAGAUGCCUCAUCCGCAAUUUACUUACCUCUGACACAUAUUAUGUGAAAAUGACUGAAGAGAUGCAGUUUUAGGUCAAAUAAGAGCACAUGAACAGCUUGUCUGCAUGUUGCUUUUUUUCUGAUCCGCUCCCGACAGGGAGUUACUGUAACGUGGGGUCAGGUGAUAGUUUUGUAUUUAGGUCCACUGCUGUUUUGUAGCUGUCGUAUUAUACUGUGCACUACUCUGAGCGAGGUGUUAGUAUUUUUCUUACGUCUCUCUCCGUUGGGGGUGGGGGGGAGACACAGUACUGUCAGAAUGUAUUAUCUUUACCAUGUUUACAGAUGCAAGAAUGUGAAAAAUACCUUGAAUUUGUGUUUGAUUUGUACAUUCCAUGGCUUGUGUCAAGUGCCUCAAUAAAUGACUGUCUUAACAAA